AUGGACCUCACUGGAAUGAGUGAACUAUAUCAGCUAAGAUAUGUAAUGGCUGGUACCGGUUUUGGUUUGCAGCUACCAAGACAGACUAGAGGGCUCCAGCAAUUAGAAACCCUUGAUACAUACAAUUACAGUAGUAUUCCAUCUGAUAUAGUUCAUCUGCCACACUUGUCGCAUCUGGGUAUUGGAUAUGCAUGUAAGCUGCCUGAUGGGAUCGGAAACAUGAAAUCCCUGAGGUUUCUUAGGGGAUUUCAUUUGAAUUUUGAAACAAACUCACUAGAUAACUACAAGGGCCUUGGAGAGCUUACCAAUAUGAGAAAUCUGUUUCUCUCCGGCAACUUCGAAGAUCAGGACGCCGAUGAAAGACGCAUGGAUGUUCUAUGCUCUUCUUUGAGAAAACUUUGUAGGCUCGAGUCCCUGUACAUACAUAAUAUAAAAAGAUGCAUGGAUGGUUUGUCUCUUGCUCCCUGCAGCCCUCAGCGACUCCACGCCAAAGGUAUAGAUUGGUGGUUCUGUUGGUUUUCCAGGGUCCCUAACUGGAUGAGGGAACUUCAUAACCUCCAUGAGUUGCAUCUCCAAGUUGACGAGCUGCUCGAUGAUGGUAUUGGUAUUCUUGGGGGGUUGCCCUCCCUCAUCGACCUUGAUUUACAGGUCCGAAGAUCACCAAAACAAAUGAUUAUCAUCGAUGGAAGAGGAGCAUUCCCUGUUCUAAAGCAUUUUGAGAUCGGCUUGAGCAGAGCAUCAUACCUGAUCUUCAAUUCUGGGGCGAUGCCCAUGGUCCAGAUGCUGGAGUUAACUUUCAACAUGGAUGUACAGACGCAGAACGGAGCCGGACCAGCCGGCAUCGAGCAAUUGGCUGCACUGGAAGAGGUGUCUGCGCGUAUCUCAUGCGUCAAGGCUACGGAAUCUCAAAAGAGCUGCGCUGAAUCUGAUUUCAGGAGUAUUGUGGACAGGCAUCCCGGGAAUCCACGGACUCUAGUCCGCUUUUGGAACUGGCCGGUUUGUAUGGAGGACUAA